UGCGUAAAGUCUCCUCCCCGCGACCGCUACAUUCUGCGCCGAAACCCAGUCUCUCCCGGUCCGUAUUUUAACUUCUUCCCACAGACCUAGUGGUACCUCGUUGGGUACCGGGAGGCAGUUUGGAUUACUGGCAUCACGGAUUGAGUGCGAUUUUGCGCGGAUGACGACUCCUUCAACGAGAAUUUAGUAAAAGAAAAUUGGUCGGAAAUUUCAGAAUAUGUGGAGGGGACCGUAAUUUCAGCAUCCUGGAAGUAGAAAGCACAGAAGAUCUGUGUCUCACACCACAGACAGGUGCAGUGUGUAGCCGGGGCAGCACAGAGGAAGGAAGCUCUGGGGAGGAGGCGGUGCGGCAGCACGCCUCUCCGGCUGUGGAUGUGCUGGGUGGCAACCCCCAGGCUGCACAGAAUGUGGCUGGGGAGUCACCUCGGCAUGCCCCGCAGCCGGUCGCAGCUGCCCCCCGCCCAGUCCCUCCGUUCACCCAUCCGUCCGCUGUGCCAUUGCCGGAGAGCAGCAGCUCGGCAUUCCCCGGCAUGGAGAACGCCCCUCCAACCAGCUUGCCUGAGACUCUCACAGUCAGCAGCGACUCUCAGGACAUCAUCUCAGAAGAAGUCCUCACGGAGGAGAGUGUUGCCGAAGUUGUCGGAGUUGCGAGAUCCUUGCCAACAUCCCUUGCUGAGGACUGUAGUUCCUCUGCUGAGAUGCAAAGACUUCCAGCUCCCCUUUGUCCUCCUCUCGCCUCACAGAUUGACAGCACAGUGCAAGAGUUGCAAUACGGGUCACAAACUGGUAAAGAGAAAAGUCACUCAAAUAGUCAGACAAACCAGAUUCAGCCAUCUAGAGAAGGCGCUGGACUUGUGGUUAUUACGGGGACAAAGGAGACACAGGCCGUCACCUUGGAAUAUAAACCAGAGACUGGAACAAACAUGGAACUUGGUGGAAAAGAGCACACAGGCGGGAAUAUUCUCAUACAACCCCAGUCUCAAAUCUAUUUCACAGUCACAUCUUCCUCGGCCCCACAAUCAAGUGUUGGUUUUACAGUCACCACAGCACAUGGGGCUAUGGAACAGUCUGACAGGGAUGCACUUGUCCACGCAAAUCAAGGCAGCCAUAUUCCUCCGUCAGGUGCUGCGGAGCAGGCAGGCAGUCACCAGGACUCAGAAUUGUCUGUGCUCCCUCUAUCCCCAGCUGAAAAUAGAGAGAUUAAACAAACUGACCUGUCAAAAACACAGCCUAAAAUCAUCAAGGAGAUCUCAAAUGAUGCCAGAGAAAUACAGAAAGAAAGUUCUUUGCAAUCAGUUGAGACCUUUGAGCAUGUUAAAGCGCUUAGUGACACUUCUCACAAAGAAACACAACCUCAUUCAGCUGAAAUACUUGAGACCCCAAAGGCAAGAGAAUCACUUCCUGGAAAAGGAAGCUCAAUGUCCAGCAGUAAUGAGGGGAGCUGCAAUCCCCUUGAAGAAAUGCAGAUUGAGAGUAGCACGCAGGAAGAACAAACUGACAUGACCACCUCCUCAUCUGACUCCACAAUGCUGCCAGAGUGCUCCUCCUUACAGGGGAGCUCCUCAAAACCCUCCUCUGCAUCCCCCCUGUUUGACACAGGUCUAGUUGUCUCGCUGCAGGCAGGGGAGGUUUUUAAAGCAGGAUCAUCUCAUACCUCUGAUCAAGUCCCCACAACACAGACAUCCCUGAUUGAUGAGUUUGUGCAUACUGCCAAUGCUCAAGAAAUUGUGGUUGUCAGAGAGGAGGCUCAUAUCACUGGGGACUGGUCUAACAUGCACCUGAAUCAGAGUUACCUCCUACAACGAGAAGAUGGCAGCGUCUGUGAAGCUGCCAUUGUUAAUGAACUGAGCUCUGAACUCUCUGCUGGGGAACCAAAGCUGUAUGAAGAAAGUGUUCAGGCAGAGAUGGAGAUGGUCUCGCAACCUGUGGAAGUGUAUGAGUUUUGUGGCCUGGUGGAGGAGGUUGCAGAGGAAACGGUCUGUGCCACUAGUAGUGCACAGAUGCCUCACUCUCCAGGAUACGAGGUGAACCUAUUUAACGCAUUACUAGAAAACUCUGAGGAGUACACUGUCAAAGAGGACCUCGAAACAACUAUUCACACAGUAGGUGAAAGUGGCACCAUCAUAAUUUCCCAGCAGCCAUUGCCUUCAUCAAAUGAUCUAAAUCAAAUACAGGCUUGCUCCAACAAUAAUUCCCAUAAUUUGUCCAUACAAAACACAAGAGUAGCUGCAGUCGAACAGCAUUUGGUGUUAGAUGCUAACCAAGCUGUUGAAGUGGCACACUCAAGUGAGGUUUGUUUAGUUGAAGUAGCUGCUGUUACAUCUGACUCAUUCACUGUUGAACAGACAGACACCAGUACACAAAUUGGGACACAUUGUUCACAGGUCAGUGCAGCAGUCUCAGACCAAACAGAGGUGAGUGACUCUGCCAUAAUUCAAACAGUUCUCCCAAAACCGGAAACAGAAGCAACAGCUGGUUCGAUAUCUCUCUUAUCCCCAGUGGUUACUGUUACUGGUCAGGACAUGGGGAUGCAAUCGCCCGUUGCUGUUGCAGUGCACGUUUCUCAUGUAGAAAACCGGCCUUCCCUAAAUCAGACCCCAGGAGUCACUGUUGUAAGUGCCACAAAACCUGAGGUCUGUGUUUCUUCUCAUGAAGGGACCAAAGAAACCCCUGCUGCGACAGAGACUCCAUCACAGAUUAUUCAGAAUGUUGUUGUGCCCACAGAAACCAAACCAGAGGCUUUCAGCACCGCUCACUCUGGUAUAAAUCCAAAGCUGCUCCUUCUUAAACCGGGAGAAACUCCUCUCCUGAAACACCCACCCUCCCUUUUGGCACAGGUGUCCAAGCAGCAGAAUGCGGCCGGCAAGUUGGCCAAUGCCCACAGCUCUUGGUCUGGCACCGUGUCUGAGGAGUGCCUUCCCCAAACUAUCUCAGCAGCAGACUCUUUAUGUGCGCCUGUGGCUCUCAGCAGCCAGACGGAUCAGACGCAGUGCUCUGUCAAUAAAACUCCAGUGGCAGCAGCUCCUGUCAAAGUGCAGCAGCCCACUGUGAGCUGUAACAUUUCUCUCCAACGUGACCAAGCUGCGUCUGUCACCUCCACAACUCCAGCAAGCAAAUCUGAGGCCUUAACUGUUACCAAAACAGACCCUGCAUCUCGAGAUGUGUUCGCACCUACUGAUGCACCCCCACUCGCUACGCCUCACACCCUUGACAUGGCAUCAGUGGAAAGGGAGCAUACAGCCACGACUUCCACCAGUCCCGAGGACCCUGUCAGCCGGCCCGACCCCCUCUAUGUGGAGGAGGAAAGUGAGGACAUGGAGCAGGACGAACCGACUGGAGAAGCCGAAGCCCAGGAGGCCACUUCAGGACAGGUUAGCAGUCCAGAGGAAGGCAGUGACGAAGAACCAGAUAAAAGCGACAUGACCACCCCCAGCUCGCCGCACAAGCAUGGACAGAGCAGGACAGACAGAAAGGCACUGUUCCUGAAGGUACGCCAGUGGAUAGCAGACAGAGUCACCGUGAAUUCAUCUCCCGUGUCACCCUCCACGUCCUCCUGCUACCCCAGUCCCUCGGCCACCGCUGACUGGUCCACACAGCGGCGGGAGAGGUCCUCGCCUCUCCGGGGUCCUCAUGGAAAGUUUGUUUCUCCCUCCUCUGUUGGAGGCUACAGUUCCUCCUCUUCGCCACCAGACCAGACCACCACCCAGCGGUCACGUGGGGAGCGUCACACUGACAUGGCAGAGCUGGCAAAGCAUGAAGCAGACAUUGAGCAUCGAACCCAGGCGCUGAAGCGAGAGGGAUUCUGGUCAAUGAAGCGUCUCACCCGUCUGACGGAGCCUCCGCGACCCAAAGUUCACUGGGAUUACCUUUGUGAGGAGAUGCAGUGGCUCUCUGCUGACUUUGCUCAAGAGAGGCGGUGGAAGAGAGGGGUGGCUAGAAAGGUGGUGCGAAUGGUGAUGCGACACCACGAGGAGCUGAGGCAAAAGGAAGAAAAAGCCAAGAGAGAUGAGCACGCUAAGAUCAGAAGAGUCGCCUCCUCUAUUGCAAAGGAAGUCCGGGCUUUCUGGAGCAGUGUUGAGAAGGUGGUGCAGUACAAGCAGCAGUCCAGGCUGGAGGAAAAGCGGAAGAAGGCUUUAGACCUUCAGCUGGACUUCAUUGUUGGUCAGACAGAGAAAUACUCGGACCUGCUCAGCAAGUCGCUCGCACCCAGCAGACCUGCUGAAACUGUCUUGACUCCACAAAAAUCUGCACCGCCUCCAGUGGAUGAGGAUGACAGAGACUUCGAGCCUCCGUGUGAAGAGGAGGACGAUGAGGAGACCAUAGAGGUGGAGGAGCAGCAGGAGGGCAAUGAUGCUGAGAGCCAUCGGAGGGAGAUUGAACUGCUGAAGGAGGAGGGCAUGCUGCCGCUGGACCAACUGCUCAGCACCCUCAAACUGCCACAGGACUUGGGCUCAGACGAAGAAUGCUCUGAAGCAACCUCUUCAUCGGCGGAGGAGGAAGAGGAAGAUGGGGAAUUCACUGCCAAUGAAGAGGAUGCUGAGGAUGAGGAGGACACCAUAGCUGCCCAAGAGAAGGUGGAGGGAAAUGUCGAUCACGCAGAGGAAAUCGAUGACUUAACCAAAGAGGGUGAUAUGAGCAUUGAGGAACUGCUGGAGAAGUACAAAGGAGCGUACGCCUCAGACUUUGAGGCCCCAUCUGCUUCUGGCUCUAAAGCGAGCUCUGAUUUGGAGGAGUCUGGGGAUGAGGAGGUGGAGACUGAGGAAGAUGAGAGUGAUGUGGAAAGCAACUCUUCUUCCUCAGAUUCAGCAGGAGACAGUGCAGAAGAGGAUGAGAGUGAGAAGGAGGACGAGGAGAGUGAGGAGGAGGACGAUGACUGUGGAGAUGAAGGCAUGGAGGUCUUGCUAAAGGAGGGAGAUAACAGCCCACCGUCCUCCACUUCACGGCCAAAGAAAGAGAUCAGCCAUAUUGCUGCGACUGCAGAGAGCCUGCAGCCUAAAGGCUACACUCUGGCCACGACAAAGGUCAAGACCCCCAUCCCAUUCCUGCUUCAUGGCACAUUACGAGAAUACCAGCACAUCGGACUCGACUGGUUGGUCACCAUGUAUGAGAAAAAGCUAAAUGGCAUUCUGGCUGAUGAAAUGGGUCUGGGUAAAACCAUCCAGACCAUCGCUCUGCUUGCUCACCUCGCCUGUGAAAAAGGUAACUGGGGCCCUCACCUCAUCAUCGUUCCCACCAGUGUGAUGUUAAACUGGGAGAUGGAGCUGAAGCGCUGGUGUCCAGGGUUUAAAAUCCUCACAUACUUUGGCAGCCAAAAGGAGAGAAAGCUAAAAAGACAGGGCUGGACAAAGCCCAAUGCUUUCCAUGUGUGCAUCACUUCAUACAAGCUGGUGCUGCAGGAUCACCAGGCCUUCAGACGGAAAUCGUGGCGGUAUCUGAUCCUCGAUGAGGCACAAAACAUCAAGAACUUCAAGUCACAGCGCUGGCAGAGCCUCCUGAACUUCAACAGCCACCGGCGACUGCUGCUGACAGGAACUCCUCUGCAGAACAGCCUGAUGGAGCUUUGGUCUCUCAUGCACUUCCUCAUGCCCCACGUCUUCCAGUCCCACCGCGAGUUCAAGGAGUGGUUCUCCAACCCGCUGACAGGAAUGAUCGAGGGCAGCCAGGAGUACAACGAAGGCCUGGUUAAGAGGCUCCACAAGGUGCUGAGGCCGUUCCUGCUCAGGAGGAUCAAGGCCGACGUGGAGAAGCAGAUGCCCAAGAAAUACGAGCAUGUGGUGCGCUGCCGCCUCUCCAAGAGACAGCGAUUCCUCUACGACGACUUCAUGGCACAGGCCUCGACCAGAGAAACGCUGGCCAGCGGUCACUUCAUGUCUGUGAUUAACAUCCUCAUGCAGCUCCGCAAAGUGUGCAACCACCCCAACCUGUUUGACCCUCGACCCAUCCAGUCACCCUUUAUCACGCAGCCCAUUGUUUUCCAUACAGCCUCCCUGGUGCAGGACGCGCUGGACGUAUUGCCUUUAAAGCGCUGCGACCUUUCUAUGUUCGACCUUGUUGGCUUGGAGAGCCGCGUGUCCCGUUACCAGGCAGAUGUCUUCCUGCCACGCCACAAGGUCAGCCGCCUGCUAAUCCAGGAGAUCAUGGAGUCCCCUGAACCCCCUCCGAGACCCAAACCGGUCCGCAUGAAGGUCAACAGGAUGUUCCAGCCGCCUCCUAAAAGCGAUAAUCGACCAGUGCUGCUGAUGAACAAACCUACGUGCUCCGUUCCGCCUGCAGCUCAGAUCCCCAAACCUCCUCCUGUCGCUGAAGUCGCCUCAACUCCUGCACCUGCUCCUGUAGUUCAGCAAGUGGUGUGUUCAGUGGCGCCCACACCUCCUCGCCCGUCUAUGCAUCCCACGGCUCAAACAGCAGUGCGAUCCAGCGCUCCCAAACCAGUGCUGACCGUACGGCCUCCCUCUGCUCCCUGCACAGCCAGCAUUCCAGCUCAUCCCAGUCCAAACCCCAGCACUGUCAUGCCCCAGAGGGUUCUGCUCAGUCCAGAUAUGCAAGCUAGGUUGCCUUCUGGUGAGGUAGUGAGCAUAGCCCAGCUCGCCUCCUUGGCAGGGCGACCUGUAUCGUCAUGUCAGGGCAGUAAACCCGUCACCUUCCAGCUUCAGGGCAACAAACUGACUCUGUCUGGAGCUCAGAUCCACCAAGUCCCAGCAGCUCCCGCACGCCCAGUUCAAGGUAAUGUGAUGCACCUGGUGUCCAGCGGGGUGCAGCAUCACCUCAUCAGCCAGCCUGCUCAGGUGUCUGUCCAGAGCACGGCCAACGCACACCCUGCAAACGCACCCUCCACUGCUGCUCCUGCUAACCGGCUGCCGAACAAUGCCUCCUCUCAAGUGCCCUCGUCCAUGGUGAGCAGCCCUGGCGUCGUGAAGAUCGUUGUGCGUCAGUCAACAGGCAAGGAAGGCGGGCCUGUGCCCACUUUGGCAGUGGCCCCUUCCCCUCGUGUUGCUCCUCAGGCAUCCCCUUCCCUGCACCCCCACGCCAACACAACCCCUGUCAGGAACACUGCUCCACUGCAAAUUGCCCAGCGCACCCCCGGCCCUGCUACUGCCCACUACACCAUAGCUCCUCCUAGAAACCCUAGCUCCACCCCGAACCAGCCCCAGCCCCUUCGUCCUGUCCUCAAAGUAGUGCAGCCUCCUGCAUCGAGCACAGAGCAGCCAGCUUCAGCUCAGGUGCCCUCCUCGUCCUCUGUGUCCAAGACUUCAGCAACGCCGCGGGACAGCAGCAGCAGCAGCAGUACCAGUCAAACACCAGCUACCACAAAGGCAAAGCCCAGUCUGGGUGCUAAAGCCUGCCCUCCACCCAGGAGGGUGCCUCGCCCGCCUCCCCGCUCUCCUUUCUACAUGUCAUGGCUGGCAGAUAGCCACAAACAGCAGCGUGACAGCCGACUGGACUUCAUCAUUCGAGUCAACGAGCGCCACUGUGGAGCAAAACCCAUGUACGGUCAGGAGGUGUUGGACUUCCUGACUUUUCUCCCUGGUCCUCGGCCAUCACCAGCUGCCCUGACCUCUCAGUCGGACUGGAGCCGCUCGGGUCACAGCAGCUGUCUGUACGCACAGCAGCAAAACAAGUUCGACUACUGGUUUCAGAGCCACGCUGUCAGAGAGGCCAUCCACAGCAUAGAGGAGCGGCUGGAGCUGUUCACUGACAUUAUAGACAGGUUUACAUUUGCGAUUCCCCCAGUGGAGGCUCCUCCCAUCUCCAUGCACUGCUGCCACCCUCCUCCAUCUCUGAGCCACAAGCAGGCAGUUUUCUCCUCCAUGUUAUCGACCCAGGUCAUUCCGCUCACUGGCAGCCUCCACCGCAUCCAGUGUUACAUGAGGACUCAGUUCCCCGACCUGAGGCUCAUACAGUAUGACUGUGGUAAGCUUCAGACUCUCCACACUUUGCUGCGAAAGCUGAAGACCGGAGGCCACAGGGUGCUGAUCUUCACUCAGAUGACGCGCAUGUUGGAUGUGCUGGAGCAGUUCCUCAACUACCACGGACACAUCUACCUCCGUCUGGACGGCAGCACCCGCGUGGAGCAGAGACAGGCCCUCAUGGAGCGCUUCAACGCAGACCGUCGUAUCUUCUGCUUCAUUUUGUCGACUCGCAGCGGAGGUGUUGGCGUGAAUCUGACCGGGGCCGACACUGUAGUGUUCUACGACAGUGACUGGAACCCCACCAUGGAUGCCCAGGCUCAGGACCGCUGCCACCGUAUCGGCCAGACCCGAGAUGUUCACAUCUACAGGCUGAUCAGUGAGCGCACGGUGGAGGAGAACAUUUUAAAGAAAGCCAACCAGAAGAGGAUGCUGGGAGAUAUGGCAAUAGAAGGAGGAAACUUUACCACCGCCUUCUUCAAACAGCAAACCAUCCGAGAGCUGUUUGAUGUGAACGAAGGGGAGAAGAGAGAGGUGGCAGUGGAGCUGUCGGUGCCCCAAGCUGAGGAGGAGGAAGGUGGAAACAAACAGAGCACCACUAUUCUGGAGCAGGCGUUGUGUCGUGCCGAGGACGAGGAGGACAUAGUUGCAGCCUCUCAGGCCAAAGCAGAGCAGGUGGCCGAACUGGCGGAGUUCAACGAGAACAUACCGCUGGACGACGGAGGGGAGCAGGAGGAGGUGGAGGAGCUCUCCAAGGCCGAGCAGGAAAUCGCCGCUCUGGUGGAGCAGCUCACUCCCAUUGAACGCUACGCCAUGAACUUCCUGGAAGCCUCCUUAGAAGAUGUAUGCAAAGAAGAGUUGAAGCAGGCUGAGGAGCAAGUGGAAGCUGCCAGGAAGGGUCUGGACCAGGCCAAGGAGGAAGGCCUGAAGCUCCACGCUUCAUCUGAUGACGACGAGGACGACUUUUUGACAGCACCAGCUUCUGCAGAGCCCGCCCAGCCAGCUCCAGCCCGUCGUGGUCGUAAACCCAAGGACAAGACUGUCACCUCCACGAGGACCAGCGGCCGACUUCGUGGAGCCUCUCCUGAAACGGAGGCGGAGCCCACGACCCCUAGAGAAGUGCCUGAAAGACUCCGCUUUGGUCUGAGAGGACGAGGAGCUGCCAAAGACGCUGCUACUGUGUCGACCACCCCGUCCCGCUCAGACCAUCCCAGAACCUCCUCAUCAAGCAAGGUUCAGGAUUCCUCCAAAUCUUCAAAAGCUUCUUCUCCCGCCAGAGAUCACCAGACGGUCAAAACCAGGACUCAACCCAACCGCUCCCAUCCCAGUCCAGUGCCUUCCCCUCCUACCAGCUCCCCCCCUGGAGGGAAACAGCCGUGUGCUGGGGAGGCUGAUGGCAAGAACUCCAAAGCAGGCAAAGAGGAAAAGGAGGGGGAGAAUGAGAGGAGAGUUUCUGAGUCAUCACUUGAAUCCAGCUGCCCAGCGGACCAUCAGACAAAAGAUGAUGACAGUAAGGACCACAGCGCCAUGUCUCCUCCCUCCACUAGCUCCCGGUCGCCUCGCAAGCGUCAGUCAGCAGACAAUGAAGUCCUGCGGGGCCUGGUCGAAGAUUCCCCUUCAGCCAAAGUCCUGCGAAAGCUUCCAGGGAGGCUGGUCACAGUGGUGGAGGAGAAGGAGCCGAGAAGGAGGAGACGGCGAGGAAGCGGCACUGGAGGUGGAGGUUCUUCAGAGGAGGCAGCAGUGGAGGAGAAUGCAGCUGGAUUUGUUGACGAAUCAAACAAAGACAGCACAUCGCCAAGCCCUGAUGGAAAAACUAAAGCGACUGUUACCAAAUCCCCUCAGGACCAGGAAUCUACACCAACUCUAGCUGUGCACCCGCAGCCUGUCAGAGGUUAUCCUCCAUAUUCCCCACCCCAUCUUUCCCCUGAUAUGCCUGUGCUGAGAAACCUUCCUGUGCGACGCAGGCUGGAAACUGAAUCUCGCAUGGCUGCUCAGCUAGGAGAGCAACUUCUGGGCAGAGGAAGAGGAGGGAACCAGUCCAAGAAAACUGACACGGCACCAGGCAAAGACGCAAGUUCAGCGUCAGCAGAGUCCAGCGUGAAUUCACUUGUGGCUCCUUUGAAAAGAAAAAGGGGCCGGCCCCCUAAGACUCCCCCUAGAAUAUCUGAGACUGACAUCACAACAACCCCUUCCCCACAGCCCACCUCGCCAAGUGAGGAAGUGAACCCUGCUCUGUCCCCUAAACGUAAGAGAGGUCGUCCUCCUAAAGACGUGACCAUGGCAGAUGCUGUUAGCGAAGAGCAGAACUCUGAUGUAUCCGCUACAUCAAAAACUGAUACGAGCACAGAGGCAGCGGACACGCUAGAGACUCCCGUUGCUGUUUUCAACACAAGUCAGGACUCGGAGUCAGCCAAAGCUGAGGAAACAGACACUAAAACUGAAGUUUCAGCCCCUGCAGCAAAGACAAACCAAGACUCCACACCAGUCUUGGCUACAGACCAGACACCAACUGCACCUUUACCUGUGGCUGUCUCCACCGAGGUUGUUAGUUCAGCUCCUGCUAGAGACACAGCGUCCUCCGUCAGUCUGUCCACAUGUGCCACUGCUCUAGUCACUGCCACAGCUUCGUCACCACCUGCCAGCACCGUCUCAUCAACUCCUGCAGGUGUGAAACCGACACUUGUGGUUUCCGCAGCUUCUGAGGCUGCUGCAGAGCCAAACUCUUCACUUUCUGCAGCUGUGAGAACAACAGGACCAGACUCUGCCAAAACCACCACAGUUGCCACACCAGUUGUUUCCGCUCCCCCCACACUGUCGCAUGCAGUUCCACCAUCAACACACCCAACAAUAACAACCACAGCUGCCACAACUCUUGUAUCAAAAUCAUCAAGUGAUACACCAGCAGUCACCACUACAGUGAAAUCACUCACAACAACUACUGCUGCAAAGGCCUCGCCGCCAACCUCUGCACCAUCUACUGCACCUGCGUUAACCUCCACCUCACCUGCCACCCAAAAGCCUCCUGCAACACCAUUAAGCCCGGCUACAGCUUCACCAAAACCAACCUCUACAGCUACACCACCUCCACUACAAACAGUCCAAGCUAGCUCAACGAACUCAGAAACUCCAGUAAAAACAAUGCACACAGAUAUAUUAAACACAAGCCCAACCACAUCUAACAAGCCUCCUCUAACACCGCCAGUAACAAAUGUUGCACUGUCUACUGUAAAUACACCUCCACCUUCUUCACCCAAAGCAAGGACUAAUGUCACAUCUACCAAAAUCCCGGUCACAACCUCACCAACGACAGAUGUUCACAUGGCUACACAGGUUCAGGCAGCUACUGAGUCUGUCAAGUCUUCAGCUGCAUCAGCAAUCUCCUCUCAGUCUCCAGCUACAUCUGCUGAGGCAAAGUCAGCUGCAGCAACUUCACCACCCCACAUAGAGGAAGUUAAAGUAACGCCACCUCUAGCUGCGACACCUUCCAAAGUCCACACUUCCUUUACCCCUACAACGACUGCAGAAAAGACUGUUAAGACCCCAGUAACAACUUCCACAGAACCUACACCAGCUCCACCAACAGUCACCACAACUACAUCGUCCUCAGAAAACUCUGUUGCCACCACAAACGACGCUACUACCCACAUAUCCACUAUUACUGUAGCAACAGUUGCAGCAUCCACAGCUGCUCCUGUGUUUAUCACACAAACCGCUGCAGUCAUUCCCCCACAAGUCCAAAACUCUGAUUCAACAGAUGUUUCCACAAAGGCAGCCACAUCUGCUCCCACAUCUGGUGCUUUACCUGAGAAGCAGUCUUUUGAGCCAGCGCAGAAAGAGUCUGCCUGUAAAAGUGACUCGGACAAGGUGACAGAAAUGGAAGUAGAUGCUGUGGAUGCCGAAGCAAAGACUUGCAAGGAGAAGGAAGACAAAAAGCAGGACAUCUCAAAGUCUCAGCCUAAAAGAAGAAAAGUGGAGAGUUCCUCUGAGACCAAAGAUGGUGAGUCUGGAAGGGACGGAGGAGGAGCAGGAGGAGAAACAAAGAGUCCAACGAACCCUCAGAAAGAAGAAGCUAAGCAACAGACAGAGGAGGAAAAUACAGAAGACCAGAGCCCUCACAAUCAGAAAAAGUCCCUCAGUCGCCAGAGUAGCCAGGAGUCUACGCGCUCCUCCUCGCCAUCAUCUGGCUGCUCUACAUCGACUCUCACUCGCCACGCUCACCACAAGAGGACUUAUGAGAACAGGCAUCCUGCCAAAAGGAGGCGGAUGGAUGUCACCUCAGAGGCAGGGACGGAGGAGAUGAAGGAAGAGGGUGGGGAGAAGAAAGAGGAAAGCGGCGAGACGGAGGUCACUGCUGCUAUCUCGAGAAGGAGGCGCUCCAGGUCUCCCUCUUCCUCCUCCGACUCUGACAGCAGCGACAGCAGGAAGGAGCACCGGCUGACUCGCUCAGGCAAGCGCAGGCUGCAAGAUCAGGAGACAGUAAAGGGCAGCAAGGAAAGGAAAGGAACGAACCCGUCACACAGCUCGGACAGAAAUGCCUCAAACAACACCAACACGUCCACAGGAGGAGAGUCGGGCAGUGAUACGUCUUCUGUUAGGCUCACCAGAAAGUCUGCAGGACCUCACCCUCCACAGGACAGCAAAGCUCAGACUAACAGCGCACCCUCAUUGCCUCCCGAACCAGAAGUUCUGGGGAAAAGAUGCUCUGCACUUAAUGCAGCCGCCAAGCUUCUAGCAAUGAAAGGCCGGGUGGACACGCCCGGUCACACCACUCGGAGAGACUCAGGAGCUAAGGCUGCCACUACUUCCACCGCCUCCCCUUCUGACAAGAACCAAAAGCCUAAAAGUAAAAGUGUACCAGCUUCUCCUCAGAGCAACUCCGUAUCUCUUACAAAUAAUAAAAGCGGUGGCAGCAAACCUGUAACGCCCAAUCAGAUGAGCCGCUCUGCAUCCCGUUCCACCAGACAGUGCCCUGGCUCUCUGGUUCCACCUCUAGAAGACGAGUACAAGAGGUCUAGAUCGGAGGAUAAAGAGAGGGGCAGCCGGAAGCCGUCGAGGGGGAAGGAAGGCGAGGGUGAGGCUCAGUCUUCUUCGCGGGGCCACAGCGCCUGCAGCAGCAUGAGCAGCGACGGCGAGGGCGACUGCGUGGGACGCAGCAGCAGGAGCCGCAGCAGCAGCAACAGCAGCCAACGCACCCACAGCAUCAGCUCUCAGAACACAGAGCGCCGAGGGUCCCGGUCCCGCGCCGCCUCCUCUGGCAGCGAGCGUGAGAGGGACCGCAGCUCAGAACGGGCCAAGAGACGAGACAAAAAGGAGAAGGAACAAAGGGAGGGCCGGAAGGACAGCAGGAGGUCUCACAAGCUCUCGCAGGAGGUGACGAGCAGCUCGGGGACCGAGGGGACGCCGGACAGGGUGCUGAGGAGCGUCGCAGCACUCGCGGCGGUUCAGGCCCGGUCACCGGCCGCGAGCACCCGCUCCUCGGCCAGUCAGCAGCGUCACAACAAGACAUGAUCGGAGUGCCAAAGGGAAAAGCGAGAGUGUUGCCGAGCACGAUACGAGAGCAUGUCAUGACCUCCAAGGUUGCUGCUUUGUCUGCACUCUAAUGAAAGCAAGGGAACUGAGUGCUGCACAAGCCAGGGACCUCCCUGCCUCUCGGGCCCUCUCCCUUUCUAACUGGAGCUGGUCCCCUCGCCAGCUCAGAUAUUGACGCUGGGGGAAGGCUCAGGGAUGCUGGACUGACAGUAAAAAAAGUGGCGCCAUUAUCGUGCGUCCGUAAACAGACAGAGAGGUGGUGCGGUGGAGAAACCCGCUACUGGGACUUGAAGGAGCAAAAGGUAAAAAAAAAAAAACAGGCAAGUUGUUAGUUCACAUUAUGUACUGUAAUCAUUAAAGACUGGAACACUCAGAUCCUCUGUGUUAAGAUGGGAUUAUACAGCACCCUCUAUUAGGGUUAUACAUGAAAAGUCAUUUGUGUGACAUUUAAAUCUUUUGAGUGACCAGUUGUAUUGUAAGUUGGAGGUUUUAGAAAGCUUGGGUUUUGAGAAUUUUGUCAGCUGUCCUGACUAUUGUUUCUUUGUAGUCAGUUGAUAAGUUAUGCAUAUUUUAUUAUUUCUUCCAGGGUAUUAGGAAGAGAACAGAUCUGUCAAUGUGAUCUUUGCUGCACUAUGCUGGAGCUUGUCUUUGCUUGGGCCCCUUUUUCCAUGUCGAUUUCUGUUCAUUGGAUUCAUUUAAAAUCCAGCCUUGCAUAUCUCAUUUGCACAUCUGAUGUGGCCCUUGGCUCUCGAGUACAUUGUGGUGUGGUGAUACGUUUUGUACAUCAACUUAAGUCAGUUAAUUGGUACCUUGCGAUGUAUCUCUACGGAAAUGUAUUAAUUGAAGUUGCAAAUUGUCGCGAAGGCAUUUUGCUUUACACCACAAAUCCAUCUUUGUCGCCCCAAUCUUCCCAAAGGCAGUUACAGUUGUCAUGUAUUUAUACCGAAAGGGCAAGUAAAUGUUAGUGAAAUAAAGAGUGCCUCUUUGGCCAAAUGGUUUUGAACCUCAGAUUGCCUUGUGAAGCACCUGAAGCAGGGGUGUUGAGCUUCUCUUAUUUAAAAAAAAGCCAAACUUACAAAAAAAAAAAAACAACAAAAAAAAAAACAUACAACCCCCCCUGUGAAACAUUAAGAAAAGCACCCCGUGCAUCAGUGCUACCAAAUUAAUGUUUAUUUUUCACCUGGAAUUUUGUCACCAUCACUUCAUUGCUCUUGGUUCAUGUAAUUAAAAAAAAAAAAUACUUGGACGAAAUAUGUGAAUAAAAUUACUGGUACAGUUCCAGAUGACUGUAAAUUGUCGAUUUACUUUCGGACUUGUUGAGCAAAGGUGAUAUUUGGCAGGGGAUGGUCGAUAGUUUAUGGUGAUGGUCUUACUUUUUGAUUUGUCUCUUUAUUUGUUGCAUUCCUUUGAUCCCUUGUAAUUCCACAUUGUUUUACUUGAAAAUUAAGACAAUUACAGUUGAAUAAAAAGACCAAAAAUUA